GUGAUCGUAAAGAGCCAAAGAGUCUCAGGGCUUUGUGUUCGGGGUUAUCGCUCUUCCCUCCUCAUCGACCUUCCUCCUGCUUAUACCAAGGAUUGCAUACCAGUAAACAGAGCCCAUAUCCCAACAUGCGAGACAGCUAAAAGGUGGAAUCAUCUCUCCAAGGUCAUAGAAGAGAUUCCACCUCUACAGGACUGUGAGGUUGGUUUAUUGAUAGGCUAUAACUGCGUACGAGCAAUGGCACCAAGAGACGUCAUAACGGGAGGAGACGAUGAGCCUUAUGCAAUUCGUACCGACUUAGGAUGGAGCAUAGUUGGUGGUACGUCGACAUGCCCCGACACCUCAAGUACGGCGGGACAGUGCUUCCGAGUUGCAGUCAGGGAGCUCCCACCAGUCACUCCGGCAGAUGCCAUUCGCAUUCUAGAGUCUGACUUUAAGGAUGCUAAGGAAGACGGCAAACCAGUGUCUCAGGAGGACAUCCUGUUCCUGGACAAACUCAAGAACCACAUCGAAAAGAACAGUCUAGGUCACUACGAGAUGCCGUUGCCCUUUAAGGAGAGACCUACCUUACCUGACAACAAACAGCUUGCAGUCAUACGUCUGAGCCAUCUAAAGAGGAAGCUGUUAAAGGAUGAAGGGUACAAAGAACAGUAUAUCAAGUUCAUGGAGGAGGUCAUAGAAAGGGGUGAUGCAGAGGAAGUCCACGAUGAUGGGAAAGAGGGCGAAAAAUGGUACAUACCUCAUCACGGUGUAUUCCACGACAAGAAGCCAGGCAAACUGCGCGUGGUGUUCGACUGCUCUGCCAAGUACCAGGGAACCAGUUUGAAUGAUCAUCUGCUCACUGGACCUGACCUGAUGAACAAUCUCAACGGUGUACUUCUUCGCUUCCGGUUGCACUCCACUGCAUUGAUGUGCGACAUAGAGAAAAUGUUUCACCAAUUUCAUGUGAAGAAGUCAGACCAGGAUUACCUGCGCUUCCUUUGGUGGAAGAAAGGAGAUCUCGGUGCACAGCCCCAAGAAUACCGUAUGAGGGUGCAUAUCUUUGGCGCAGCCUCAUCGCCUGGCUGUGCGAACUACGGAUUGAAGCAUUUGGCUACAGAAAAUAAGGACCGAUACCCAUUAGGCUCUCAGUUCAUUCUGAGAAAUUUCUAUGUCGACGAUGGAGUCACAAGUACAGACAGCUCAGAGAAGGCUAUCAAGUUAGCAGAAGAAGCCAGAAAACUUUGUGCCCUGGGUGGUCUUAGGCUCCACAAGUUUGUGUCCAAUGACAAAGCUGUCCUGGUAAGCAUACCAGCAACUGAACGUGCAUCAGACAUUAAAGACCUCAACCUUGCCUUUGAUAACUUACCUUCAGAGAGAGCGUUGGGUAUCCAAUGGCACGUCGAAUCAGACUGCCUGAAGAUCAGCACCAACCUUAAGGAACAGCCUGCAACACGUCGAGGCAUAUUGUCCAUUGUUGCAUCCCUGUACGAUCCCUUGGGUCUCAUAGCCCCCUUUUUGCUCAUUGGAAAGGAAGUGCUGCAGCAGAUGUGCUGCCAUGGAACAGGUUGGGACGACCCUCUAACCAACGAACUUCGUCCACGGUGGGAGAAAUGGAAAAACGACCUCAACAACUUGGAGAGGAUAAAUAUACCCCGAAGUUAUGCCCCGGCAGAUUUCGGAAGGGUUAUUAAACGUGAGUUACAUCACUUCUCCGACGCAAGCACUACUGGCUAUGGACAGUGUUCAUAUCUGAGGCUUAGCAAUGAAGAAGGAGACAUCCACUGUGCUUUAGUCAUGGCCAAAUCUCGUGUCGCCCCAACAAAGGUCACCACGAUCCCAAGAUUAGAGUUGACGGCUGCAGUCAUCUCUGUGAAAACCAGCAAUGUUUUGAAGGAAGAACUUGGAUAUGCGGACAUUGAAGAGCAUUUUUGGACCGAUUCCAAGGUUGUACUAGGGUACAUCAAUAAUGAGGCUCGACGUUUUCAUACAUUCGUAGCCAACCGUAUCCAGAAGAUACAUCUCUACACGAAUCAAAGGCAAUGGAGAUACGUCCCUACUGACCAGAAUCCUGCGGAUCGUGCUUCUAGAGGUUGUUUUGUCCAUGAGCUAAUAUCAUCGGACUGGUUUACCGGCCCUGCAUUUCUAUGGGAAAAGGGAGUUGACCUCUCAGAAGAGGUGGCUCCGGAACUGUCAGUCGGAGAUCCAGAAGUUAAGGAAACACGGACUCUAAACACGGAAACUGUAGAACAAGAUUCUCUUACUUAUCGGCUGGCAAAGUUCUCAUCCUGGACUCGUGCCAUCUGUGCAGUGGCUCGCAUUCUUCGAAGGAUCAACAAGGAUAAGUCAAUCGGCCUCUCUACAGUGCAGGAAAGAGAAGAAGCCGAGCGCCUCAUCAUCAAAGAUCUGCAGAGACAAACAUAUUCGGAGGAAGUGCGGCUACUGAAGAAAGGUUGUCAGCUGCCACCUCAUAACAAGCUACAUCACCUCAACCCCUUCUUGGACAACAAUGGUGUGAUUAAGGUGGGAGGUCGACUCCGUGAUUCAAACCUUCCUCUCUCAGUUAAACACCCUACCAUCAUUCCAAAGGAACAUCAUGUUACAAGGAUGAUCAUAGCAUACUGUCAUGAAGAAGUCAAACAUCAAGGCAAGGGGAUGACUCUCAGUGCAAUUAGGACAAGAGGUUACUGGAUACCAGGAAUUGGCAGGACGGUUGCAUCCUAUCUUCGCCGAUGUGUAGUUUGUCGGAAGCUUCGGAGACGGACAGAAGAACAGAAAAUGGCCGAUCUCCCUCCAGAGCGAGUAAAUCCAUCUCCACCCUUUACCUACUGUGGAAUGGAUUGCUUUGGACCCUUCUAUAGCAAGCAAGGACGUAGUGUGCGAAAACGAUAUGGUCUCCUUUUCACCUGCUUCUCCUCCAGAGCCAUCCAUAUUGAAAUGCUGGAGGAUCUAUCUACAGACUCAUUCAUAAUUGGACUGCGCUGCUUCAUUGCUAUACGUGGAGCCGUACGCCAGAUCAAAUCUGACCAAGGCAGUAACUUCCUAGGAGCCAAGAAUGAACUGCAGGAAGCCCUCACGGAAUUAGAUGGUGAUAAACUGACGAACUUCCUUUCUAAGAAGCAGUGUGACUUCAUCCUAAAUGCUCCUGGAUCAAGUCAUGUUGGUGGAUUGUGGGAGCGUCAAAUUAGAACAGUCAGGAGUGUUCUCAACGCGACCCUUGGACUCUCACCUGGAAACCUACCUGAUGCUUCCCUCCGAGCAUUCUUCUAUGAAGCAAUGACGAUAGUUAAUAGUCGUCCUCUCACUAUUGAAAACCUACAUGAUCCCAACAGUCUUGAGCCACUGACACCAAACCACUUACUUACCCUGAAGUCUACCAUGGCCCUUCCUCCCCCCGGCAAGUUCAUAAGGGAAGAUAUGUAUGCGAGAAAGAGAUGGCGCCACGUACAAUAUUUGGCCGAGCAGUUCUGGAGCCGUUGGCAGAAAGAGUACUUAGCCAACAUUGCCUUUAGACAACGCUGGCACACCCCAAAGAGAAACCUGCAGAUUGGGGAUAUAGUCAUAAUGAAGGAUGAAGACUUGCCCAGAAAUGAAUGGAGGUUGGGAAGAGUCGUAGAGACUACAAUGGACAGAGAUGGACUGGUUAGGAGAGUGAAGCUCUGUCUAGGUGACAGGAAACUUGGCAAAAAUGGUGAACGUCUUACUAAGCGGUCAGUGCUCGAACGGCCAGUUCAAAAACUAGUCUUAUUGUUGGAAGGUGACUAGUCCAUUCCUUGCAUACUAUGCUUCUGUUGUUUGGUCAUUAUUUGUAUUAUGAAAUCAUUGUGUUCUUUCUUCCUAUGUUUAUGGAGUUAUGUUUUUGAACACUAAUGAUUUGGUGGGAGUGUAAAUGACCCAGAUUAUUUGUUUAUUUGAUAUUUUUCAAACAGUUAAAUCCCUGAACGAAUUAUACCUUAUAAUAUAGAUUAAACUCUUAUUUUGAAAUUCGUAACGGGCAACUUCCGGGAAGGAAGAUCGUACCGCAACUGCUUGCCGCAGAAAGGAUUAAAUGAGAAGGUUAUCGUUUUCCAUCCAUCUUAAAAUUAGCAUCUAGCUGGAAGGCGAACAGCUCUUACGAUGUGUCUAUGGCAAUUUGUGAAUAAAUGGGUUGGAAUACCCCACCAUGGUCCAUCCGUAAUGAUCAUUGAGUGCAUCG